UCCAAAGAUGUAUGUUUAGUCAACAUACGAUAUUACAUUUAGUGACAAAGCAGUCUAAGCUAUGUGGUUUAUGAGGCGAUGUGUUUCCAUCCCAAAACAGAAAAGCGUCUCUCUUAUAGAUUUAUCAGCUAUGUUUAACGUUAGCUAAUUAGCUGAUUGUGGCUAGCUAGCCGAUUUUUUUCUUGCUAGCUAGCUUGCAUUAGUUGCUCUGAAGGUUAGCGCUCAUUCAAAUUCGGCAUAGUUGCCAAAUAGUAUAUUGUUUUGGAAUAUAUUCAUGCCGGAAUUUGCUUGCUCCAGUUAGCUUGCUUGUUCGUUAGGCUAACUGGCUAGCAUAUUUGCUAGCAUCGCCCAGGUUCUUCUGGAAAUGGUAGACGCCCUCAUGUACCCAUGGACAAGGCUGCCUUUGAGGGGUGGCUGGAGUCGGUCUCCGCCUCCUUCCUCACAUUGAACGACCAGCAGAGGAACCAGUCUCUGGACCGCCUCAUCUCUCUGAGUGGCGCCGUCCAGCUGCGACACCUGUCCAAUGGACUGGAGACUCUACUGAAACGGGACUUCCUGCGGCUGCUGCCUCUAGAGCUGGCCUUCUACCUGCUGCGCUGGCUCGACCCCCAGACGCUGCUCACCUGCUGCCUGGUGUGUAAGCAGUGGAACAAGGUGAUCAGCGCCUGCACGGAGGUGUGGCAGGGCGUGUGCCGUGACCUGGGCUGGAAGAUCGACGAGUCCAUUCAGGACGCCACCCACUGGAAGAGCGUCUACCUGAAGGCCAAGCUGCGUAUGAAACAGCUGAAGGAUGCCGAGGCUUUUGAGACUAGCUCUCUGAUUGGACACAGCUCACGGGUUUACGCCCUCUACUAUAAGGACGGCCUCCUCUGCACAGGUUCUGAUGACCUGUCUGCCAAACUGUGGGAUGUUCGCACAGGCCAGUGCAUCUACGGCAUCCAGACACACACCUGUGCCACAGUCAAAUUCGAUGAACAGAAACUAGUCACGGGGUCCUUCGACAACACCAUUGCAUGCUGGGAGUGGAGCACAGGCGCGCGGAUCCAGCAUUUUCGUGGGCACACAGGUGCAGUGUUCAGUGUGGAUUAUAACGAUGAUCUGGACACUCUGGUGAGUGGUUCGGCUGACUUCACGGUCAAAGUCUGGUCUCUCUCCACCGGUGCUUGCCUCAACACGCUGACUGGACACACCGAGUGGGUUACCAAGGUCCUCCUUCAGAAGAGCCAAGUGGAGUCGAUGAUGCACAGUCCUGGAGAUUAUAUUUUACUGAGUGCUGACAAGUAUGAAAUCAAGGUGUGGCCGAUUGGCCGGGAGAUAAACUGUAAGAGCCUUAAGACUCUGUGUGUGUCGGAGAAUCGCAGUGUGUGUCUGCAGCCCCGCUUGCAGUUUGACGGACGCCACAUCGUCUGCAGCUCAGACCUGGGGAUCUACCUGUGGGACUUCGCCAGCUUUGAGAUCAUCAGAGUCAUCAAAACCCAGGACCCAGCCAGCCUGUCCCUGCUGAGUUUAGGCGAGAUUUUCGCUCUCCUCUUCGAUCAGAACUACCUAUAUGUGAUGGACCUGAGGACUGAGAGAAUCCUGGGCUCCUGGCCUCUGCCGGCGUACAGGAAAUCCAAACGCGGCUCCAGCUUCCUCGCCGGAGUCACGUCCUGGCUCAACGGACUGGACGGUGAAAACGACUCGGGUCUGGUGUUUGCCACCAGCAUGCCUGACCACAGCAUUCACCUGGUCAUGUGGAAGGAGUACGGUUAGACGCCGCGCUCUCGCCCCUGCCCAGGAACGUGGUCGCUCUCUCUGUCUCUGAAAACUCACCAAGCCAACCAAGUUAGAUAUUGCAUGGACCAAAGUUGUUUUUCGCUUUUUCUUUUUUCGUUUUUUGCUUUUAGGCUGAAAGCAGCCCUUGCUCUAACACUGACUUCACCGUGACUCAUUCUGCUUUUAGAAAAGCGUGGUCGGGUAUCAGCACCACUGAACAGAACCCGGCCAUGGACCACAGACCACUAGUGCUGUAGAAAGUCAUGAGGCGUAACUGGGCUCGACGUGACAUGGGUCCAGUAACUGUGAUUUACAGUUCGGUUCAACCCACUGUCUGAGAGAACCAACCUGAGGUUCGGUUCAACCCACUGUCUGAGAGAACCAACCUGAGGUUAAGCUCAGGCUGUCUCUGAGGAAGACCAUCCAUCUCUCUCCCACAGGCAAAAGGGGAAAGUAGUUCAUCUGCCGUUAUUAUGGUUUCAUUCAUCAGAUGUUGAGUUUAGUUUGACUGACAGGUGAGGAGUUGUCUUUCAGUGACAGGGAGAUGUUGCCUUAAAGCCCAGAGAUCUCUUAGAGAUAUCACAUUCACUCAUAUCUCUCCUCCCCAACCCUGGUCCCCUCACAUCCAUGGCUACUGAAUGCUCUGUGUGUGUGUGUGUGUGUGUGUGUGUGUGUG